AUGAGUGACCACACCUUGCCUCCUCUUCCCGUCCCGGGUACCAACAGCACGGAGCAGGCCAGCGUCCCCAAAGCCAUGGCAGCCACGCUGGGAGCCAGUACACCCCCCAGGCCCCAGGCCAGGAGCAUAGCUGGGGUGUAUGUGGAGGCCUCAGGCCAGGCCCAGAGUGUCUACACUGCCAUGGAGCAGGGCCUUCUGCCUCCUGGGCUUGGGCUGGCUCUGCUAGAGGCCCAGGCGGCCACCGGGGGUCUGGUGGAUCCCACCCAGGGCCAGCUGCUCUCUGUGUCCAAGGCCCUGCAGCAGGGCCUGGUGGGGCUGGAGCUGAAGGAGAAGCUGCUGACCGCUGAGCGUGCCGCUACGGGCUACCCUGACCCCUACGGGGGUGAGAAGCUGGCCCUCUUUCAGGCCAUCGGGAAGGAGGUUGUGGACAGGGCCCUGGGGCAGAGCUGGCUGGAGGCCCAGCUGGCCACUGGGGGCCUGGUGGAUCCCGCCCGGGGCGUGCUUGUGGCCCCUGAGCCAGCCUGCCACCAGGGCCUCCUGGACCGGGAGACAUGGCACAAGCUGUCAGAGCUUGAGGCUGGCACAGGUGUCCGGCGCUUCGUUGACCCCAACACGCUGGAGCAGCUGACGUACCACCAGCUGCUGGAAAGGUGUGUGCGGGCCCCCGGCUCGGGGCUAGCCCUGCUGCCCCUCAAGAUCACCUUCCGCUCUGAGGGCGGGGCAGUGAGUGCAGCCGAGCUGCUGGAGGUGGGCAUCCUGGACGAGGAGGCUGUGCAGGGUCUGCAGGAGGGCAGGCUGGCCACAGCGGACGUGAGUGCACGUGUCGAGGUGCGGCGCUACCUGGAGGGUACCGGCAGCGUGGCUGGGGUUGUCCUGCUGCCCGAAGGCCAAAAGAAGAGCUUCUUCCAGGCUGCUACCGAGCACCUGCUCCCAAUGGGCACUGCACUGCCACUCCUAGAGGCCCAGGCUGCCACCCACACCCUAGUGGACCCCACCACAGGCCAGCGGCUGUGGGUAGACGAGGCAGUCAGGGCGGGCCUGGUCAGCCCAGAACUCCACGAGCAGCUCCUGGUGGCCGAGCAGGCCGUGACAGGGUACCACGACCCCUUCAGUGGCUCCCAAAUCCCCCUCUUCCAGGCCAUGAAGAAGGGGCUAGUGGACAGGCCACUGGCACUGCGGCUCCUGGAUGCCCAGUUGGCCACAGGCGGGCUGGUCUGUCCAGCACGCAGGCUCCGGCUGCCCCUGGAGGCCGCCCUGCGCUGCGGCUGCCUGGAUGAAGACACUCAGCGACAGCUCUCACAGGCUGGCGGCUUCUCAGACCCUGGCACGCAGGGUGGCCUGCACUAUGAACAGCUGCUGGCCCGCUGUGUCACUGACCCAGAGACUGGGCUCGCCUUCCUGCCGCUCUCAGGGGGACCCCGGGGAGGGGAGCCCCAGGGACCCCCAUUCAUCAAGUACAGCACUCGGCAGGCCCUGAAUGCAGCCACAACCACCGUCUCCGUGGGGAAGUUCCGGGGCCGGCCCGUGUCCCUCUGGGAGCUGCUCUUCUCUGAGGCCAUCCCCGCAGAGCAGAGGGCAAUGCUGGCCCAGCAGCACCAGGAAGGGACCCUCUCCGUGGAGAAGAUGGCCGCUGAGCUGAGCGCCACCCUCGAGCAGGCUGCAGCCACUGCCAGGGUCACUUUUUCUGGGCUGAGGGACACCGUGACACCAGGAGAGCUGCUGAAAGCCGAGAUCAUCGACCAGGACCUGUACGAGCGGCUGGAACAUGGACAGGCCACAGCCCAGGAUGUGGGCAGCCUGGCCUCGGUGCAGAGGUACCUGCAGGGUACAGGCUGCAUUGCUGGCCUGCUGCUCCCUGGCUCCCAGGAACGCCUGAGCAUCUAUGAGGCCCGACGCAAGGGGCUCCUCCGGCCCGGCACUGCCCUCAUUCUUCUGGAGGCACAAGCUGCCACGGGCUUCAUCAUCGACCCGAAAGCAAACAAGGGGCACUCCGCUGAGGAGGCACUGAGGGCUGGUGUCAUUGGGCCCGAUGUGUUCGCGAAGCUGCUGUCGGCCGAGCGCGCCGUCACCGGCUACACCGACCCCUACACCGGGCAGCAGAUCUCCCUCUUCCAGGCCAUGCAGAAGGACCUCAUCGUCAGGGAGCACGGCAUCCGCCUGCUGGAGGCCCAGAUCGCCACGGGCGGCGUCAUCGACCCCGUGCACAGCCACCGCGUGCCCGUGGACGUGGCCUACCGGCGCGGCUACUUCGAUCAGAUGCUGAACUUGAUCCUGUUGGACCCUUCUGAUGACACCAAGGGCUUCUUCGACCCCAACACACAUGAGAACCUCACAUACCUGCAGCUUCUGGAGCGCUGCGUGCGUGACCCCGAGACGGGCCUGUACCUCCUGCCACUCAGCGGCACGCAGUCCCCACUGGUGGAUGGUGCCACCCGGCAGGCCUUCCAGAACCUGCUGCUCUCUGUGAAGUACGGGCGGUUUCGGGGGCAGAGGGUCUCUGCGUGGGAGCUGGUCAACUCUGAGUACUUCAGCGAGGGCCGCAGGAGGCAGCUGCUGCGUGGCUACCGGCAGCGUGAGGUCACGCUGGGGCAGGUGGCACAGCUGCUGGAGGCGGAGACGCAGAGACAGGCGGACGUCAUGCUGCCCGCGCUGCGGGGCCAGGUCACCGUCCACCAGCUCCUGGAGGCCCGUAUCAUUGACCAGCACCUGUUGGACCAAGUACUGGCCAGGACAGUCAGUCCCGAGGCACUCCUACUCAUGGACGGCGUCCGCAGGUACCUGUGCGGCCUGGGAGCUGUGGGCGGCGUGCGGCUGCUGCCCUCCGGCCAGCGGCUGAGCCUCUAUCAGGCCAUGAGGCAGAAGCUGCUGGGGCCCAGUGUGACUCUGGCCCUGCUAGAGGCUCAGGCAGCCACCGGAGCCAUCGUGGACCCUCACAGCCUGGAGAGCCUCUCGGUGGAUGAGGCCGUGCGCAGGGGUGUGGUGGGGCCGGAGCUGUAUGGCAGGCUGAAGCGGGCUGAGGGUGCCAUCACUGGCUUCAGAGACCCCUUCUCUGGGAAGCGGGUGUGUCUGUUCCAGGCCAUGAAGAAAGGUCUCAUCUCUUGGGAGCAAGCUGCCCGCCUCCUGGAGGCUCAGGUGGCCACGGGAGGGGUCGUUGACCCCACUGGCCACCACCACCUGCCCAUGCCAGUGGCCGUCCAGCGUGGCUGUGUUGACCAGGAGAUGGAGACAGCCUUGUCCAGCUCCUCCGAGACCUUCCCCACACCAGACGGCCAGGGGCGCACCAGCUAUGCCCGGCUCCUGGAGCAGUGCCCCAGGGAUGAGGCUUCUGGCCUUCACCUCCUGCCCCUGCAGGAAAGUGCUCCUGCCCUCCCCACCGACGAGCAAGUCCAGAAGAGCCUGCAGGCCAUGCCGGGGGCUGAGGACGGCAUAUCCCUCUGGGACCUGCUCAGCUCCUGCCACUUCACUGAGGAGCAACGGAGGGGCAUGCUGGAAGACGUGCAGGAGGGGAGGACCACUGUGCCGCAGCUGUUAGCCUCUGUGCAGAGGUGGCUACAGGAGACCAAGCUCCUGGCCCAAACCCACGUCAUGGUGCCCGGCCCGCGGGGUGAGGUCCCUGCCAUCAGGCUGCUGGAUGCUGGCAUCAUCACCCAGGAGACCCUUGAGGCCCUGGCUCAGGGCACGCAGUCGCCCGCCCAGGUCGCUGAGCAGCCGGCAGUGAAGGCCUGCCUGUGGGGCACAGGCUGCGUGGCCGGUGUGCUGCUGCAGCCCUCUGGGGCCAAGGUCAGUAUCACCCAGGCCAUGAAGGAUGGCCUCCUGCCCACAGGCCUGGGCCAGAGGCUGCUGGAAGCCCAGGUGGCAUCUGGCUUCCUUGUCGAUCCCCUGAACAACCAGAGACUGUCGGUGGAGGACGCAGUUAAGGUCGGCCUGGUGGGUAGGGAGCUGAGUGAGCAGCUUGGGCAGGCCGAGAGGGCGGUGGCCGGGUACCCAGAUCCCUACUCUGGGGGCUCCCUCUCUCUGUGGCAGGCCAUGGAGAAGGGGCUCGUGCCACAGAACGAGGGCUUGCCCCUCCUGCAGGUGCAGCUGGCCACAGGGGGUGUGGUGGACCCUGUCCACGGGGUGCACCUGCCCCAGGCAGCAGCCUGUAGACUCGGCCUUCUGGACACACAGACGAGCCAGAUGCUAACAGCAGUUGACAAGGACAACAAGUUCUUCUUUGACCCCAGUGCGCGGGACCAGGUGACCUACCAGCAGCUCAGGGAGCGCUGUGUGCGCGACUCCGAGACUGGUUUGUUGCUGCUGCCACUGCCCUCAGACACAGCACUUGAGGUGGACGACCACACCGCGGUGGCUCUUAGGGCCAUGAAGGUGCCCGUCAGCACAGGGAGGUUUAAGGGGUGUAGUGUGUCGCUCUGGGACCUGCUGCUCUCCGAGUACGUCUGUGCUGACGAGCGGCGGGAGCUGGUGGCACUCUGUCGGUCUGGGAGGGCUGCAGCCCUGCGGCAGGUGGUCAGCGUGGUCACUGCCCUGGUCGAGGAUGCAGAGAGGCAGCCCCUGCAGGCCACCUUCAGAGGGCUCCGGAAGCAGGUGUCAGCCAGGGACCUGUUCAGGGCACAGCUGAUCAGCAGGAAGACGCUGGACGAGCUGAGCCAGGGGACGAUGACUGUGAAGGAGGUGGCGGAGAUGGACAGCGUGAGGCAGUCCCUGGAGGGAGGCAAUUUCAUUGCCGGGGUCCUUGUCCAGGGCACCCAGGAGAGGAUGAGCAUCCCAGAAGCCCUGAGGAGGCACAUCCUACGGCCUGGCACAGCUCUGGUACUGCUGGAGGCACAGGCAGCUACCGGCUUCAUCAUCGACCCCGUGGAGAACCAGAAGCUGACCGUGGAGGAGGCGUUCAAAGCAGGGAUGUUCGGCAAAGAAACCUACGUGAAGCUGCUGUCGGCCGAGCGCGCCGUCACUGGCUACACCGACCCCUACACUGGGCAGCAGAUCUCCCUCUUCCAGGCCAUGCAGAAGGGCCUCAUCGUCCGGGAGCACGGCAUCCGCCUGCUGGAGGCCCAGAUCGCCACGGGCGGCAUCAUCGACCCUGUGCACAGCCACCGUGUGCCCGUGGACGUGGCCUACCAGUGUGGUUACUUUGAUGAGGAGCUGAACCGUGUCCUGGCAGACCCCAGUGACGACACCAAGGGCUUCUUCGACCCCAACACGCACGAGAACCUCACGUACCUGCAGCUUCUGGAGCGCUGCGUGGAGGACCCCGAGACGGGCCUGUACCUGCUACAAAUCAUAAAGAAAGGAGAAACUUAUGUGUACAUCAGUGAGGCCAUGAGACACGAGUUGCAAUCCAGAACUGCAAAAAUGCGCGUGGGGAGGUUUGCUGACCAGGUGGUCUCUUUCUGGGACUUGCUGUCCUCUCCAUACUUCACAGAGGACAGGAAGCGGGAGCUCAUCCAGGAGUAUGGAACCCAGAGGGAGGGCCUGGAGAAAUUGCUGGAAAUCAUCACCAAGACAAUUGAAGAAACAGAGACGCAAAACCAAGGCAUCAAGGUGGCGGCCAUCAGAGGGGAGGUGACAGCUGCAGAGCUGUUCAACUCCGGGGUCAUCGAUCUGAAGACCCUGCACACACUUCGUGCGGGGAGGACCGGGGGACAAGCACUCAGCACGCUGGAGUGUGUAAAGCCUUACCUGGAAGGCAGUGGCUACAUUGCAGGGGUGACGGUGUCCUCCACCAGGGAGGUCAUGAGCCUUCAUGAGGCCAGCAGGAAGGAGCUCAUCCCUGUAGGAUUUGCAACGUGGCUGCUGGAGGCACAGGCCGCGACUGGGUUCCUCCUGGACCCCUGCACCCACCAGAGGCUCUCCGUGGACAAGGCUGUGGAUGUGGGCCUGGUGAGCGAGGAGCUGCGGGAGAGGCUCCUCAAGGCUGAAAGGGCUGCCACGGGCUACAGGGAUCCAGCCACGGGAGACACAAUCCCGCUGUUCCAGGCCAUGCAGAAGCAGCUCAUUGAGAAGGCAGAGGCACUGAGGCUGCUGGAGGUGCAGGUGGCCACGGGGGGUGUCAUCGACCCACGGCACCACCACCGGCUCCCACUGGAAACCGCCUACAGACGUGGCUGUCUGAAAGAGGACAUCUAUGCGCUCAUUUCUAACGAGAAGCACAUGAGGAAACGGUUUGUGGACCCGAACACGCAGGAGAAGGUCUCCUACCGAGAGCUGCAGGAGAGGUGCCGCCCACAAGAGGACACUGGCUGGAUGCUCUUCCCAGUGAACAAGGAUGCACGGGACUCGGAAUACAUAGACAACGAGACAAGAAGGGCCCUGGAGGCAGAGAAAGUGGAAAUAACGGUGGGAAGAUUCAGAGGUAAGAAGCCAACGCUGUGGGCACUGCUAAAUUCAGAAUACGUGACGGAGGAGAAGAAGCUGCAGCUGGUGAGGAUGUACAGAAUGGACACGAGCCAGGCACUGCAGAAGGUAGCACACCAGAUCUCAGACAUGAUUGAGAAGCAGGAAAACAGCAACAAACAACUGUGGUUCCAAGGAAUUAGAAGACAGAUCACAGCCUCUGAACUCCUCAGCUCAGCCAUAAUCACGGAGGAAAUGCUCCGGGAACUGGAAACAGGGCGGAGCACAAUACAACAGCUCAGGGAGGACGACCGCAUCAAGCGCUACCUGGAGGGCACCAGCUGCAUCGCGGGCGUCCUGAGCUGGGGCUGGGGCUCGCGGCGGCGGCGGCGGCGGCGGCGGCGGCGGAUCUAG